CCAAAGGUCAACAAGAUGGCGAACGUCGUAGAACUAGUAGUUGCUUUGUUACAACGUGGAAACAUUUAGAGUACGUAUACGAAACCAUUCAUAUCCGAUACGACUGGCUUUGUUUUUUUUUCAGAUCCGAACGACGAUGGCAACUACGGAUAGCACAAUGAGCGAAGAUGUUAAGAAGUUGAUAGCCCUGUAUGAGCUGACCCCCCACCCUGCGUCCGGCGGCUGGUUCAGGGAGACUUACCGCUCUGACGUCCAGGUGGAGGCUGCGGCGGAAGGAUUUGAUGGAAAGCGCUCCGUCCUCACAAUGAUUUACUACCUCAUGCAAGCCGGAGAGCCCGACCCCUUCCACCGAGUCAAGUCUGACGAAACGUUUGUUCACAAUCUUGGCGGCUGCAUGAAGAUUCACAUGCUUCAUCCGGAUGGCUCGUACAGCUGCAGCAUUCUGGGUAACCCCCUGGAACACCCGGAAGCGCGUCAUCAGGUGGUGGUUCCGCGCAGGGUGUGGUUCGCCCAGGAGGUUGAUGGGUACUGCCUCGCUUCCGUCCUGGUGGCGCCAGGUUUCGACUUUAAAGACUUCAGCCUGGGGAAAAGAGAAGAUCUGAUCAAGGAAUAUCCUGAACACCGUGACGUCAUCGUGAGGUGCACCUCAAGUGACACUUAGACCGUUUGAUGGAAGCCUUUUCUUAGAUUUGAUUUUGCUGUAAGCUAGUUUGUCUAUCAAUCAUUCAUUCAUUCAAUUUUCCCAAUGCUACAUCAGUGAAUAGUUUAAAGGCAUCCAAUGCGAUUUCAGAGCAGCAAAUCUGGAACUCUAAAUAAGGCAAUCUUUGUGGUAUUGACACAUACUGCUUCACAUUAGCACAUUUGAGUCAGUA